UUGUACCUUUUACCGGAAAAGAAGAAGAAGGUCGAAACAAAGGUUCACAGGAAAACUUUGAAUCCAGUAUUUAACGAGACCUUCAUAUUCAAGGUCGCUUUCAAUGAGAUAACAGCGAAAACAUUGGUAUUUGCAGUCUACGACUUCGAUCGCUUCAGCAAGCACGACCAGAUUGGGCAGGUUCUCAUUCCUCUCGGGAAAAUCGACCUCGGCCAAGUUAUCGAAGAAUGGAAAGAUAUUGCUCCACCACCAGAUGACAAAGAAGCCGUAGGUUUUGAUGUCUUUGCUCUGCCAUGAAU